UACAUUGGAGUACUAAGAUGAUAUCAGUCAUUUAGAUUUAAAUACAGAAGCUAUUAUCUGAUGACUGAUAACAAUUAGAUUAGCUGGACAAGAAGAAGGACUGUGGCGCACAAAGAGCGGCUUUGUUAUGGAACCAUAGUUACAGAAAUUCAAACAGUUCUAUAUAGGAAAACGCGACACCAAAAAGUUUUCACUAUUGAUACCUCCCAGGAACAAAACCAAGAACGAAAAACACUUUGUCAUUCAGAAGCCACUACAAUCACAACUUCUAGCCUGGUUGUAUUUGCCUCUAUGCAGUUCAGUGGUUGAUUCAUGUCGUGGAAAGCUGUUUGGCCCUUCUAUACUGGCGUCUUGAUAGACAUCAUAUCUGCAAGUAAACAAUGUACACAAACAAAUAGCAUAAAUGGAAUGGCUCUGCAGGGAUUUGUCUUCAAGAAGUUCUCAGUAACAACCAUCCCUGAGUGUGAUAUGAGUUGUCAGAGAGAAAUCACCUGCCAAAGUUUCAAUUACGUGAUAGAAGAAAAGUCCUGUGAACUGAAUAACCGGACCAAGGAGGCAAGACCUGAGAACUUCCAACCAGACCCUGCUCGGUUUUACUACACGCGUUUUGUGGGAAGGACUCCUUUGGGAUCCAUUCCACAGCUGCCUGCAAAGUCGUGCCAGGAAAUAAAGGCAAGUGAAGGCCAAGAUGCCAUCAGCAACAAGUACUGGUUGGAUCCAAGUGGAAAUGGAAAGGCUGUGCUGGUUAAUUGCGACAUGGAAAUGGAAGAUAUCGAUGAAUGUAUCACCGGCAAUCACGACUGUCAUGUGAAUGCCACCUGUACCAACACCAUUGGCUCACAUAAUUGUACAUGUAAGGAAGGAUUUACUGGAGAUGGACGCUUGUGCUCAGCUUUUAGGAACUGUGCUGAAAUCCACAAAUCAGCGGGUAAAUCAACUGACGGUACGUACACCAUCAAACCUGAUAACAUGACUGCCUUUGAGGUAUUCUGUGACCAAACAACAGCUGGUGGAGGAUGGACUGUGUUCCAGAGGAGACUGGACGGCUCGGUUGAUUUCUACCGUAACUGGAGCGACUACAAACAUGGCUUUGGUGACGUUUAUGGUGAGUUUUGGUUAGGAUUGGACAAGAUUCACCGCCUGACCUCAGAUAACAACAGCAUGCUGCGUGUGGAUUUGGAAGACUUUAAAGGGAAUACAACUUAUGCUGAGUAUAAUAUAUUUGGUGUUAUGAAUGAGAAAGACAAGUACAGGCUAAUCCUCGGUUUCUAUUCAGGAUCUGCUGGUGAUUCUCUCUCUUAUCAUCGUGAUCGGCCAUGGAGCACUCCUGAUCAAGAUAAUGAUGAGUGGCCGGAGGAAAGCUGUGCAGAGUAUCGUCACGGAGCCUGGUGGUAUAACGAUUGCUUCCAUUCUAACCUGAAUGGCAGAUAUCAUCAUGGAAAUGACUCUUCCUAUGCUUAUGGAGUGGCUUGGAAACACUGGAGGCGUUUUCUGAAGAGGACCGAGAUGAAAAUGAGACCAGCAGAUUUCUGACUUUCAUGACUAUAUUAAAACCGCCUUUUGCACAGCACAACUAUUAUACAGUUGGAGUUAGCAAAAAGCGAGUGAUUCUACUUAAUUUGUUUGGUUAGUUGUCCGUGAUAUACGAGUUUCCUUCAUCAAUAGCGUAUUUUACACCAAGAGGAGUAAAACUAUGCCGUUUUAACUGCUUCCUUUUUUGUGUGUUAGAUUGCUUUUCUUUCACAUUUCACUCCUGGUGUUGGAUGGUUGUCGUUUUUAUGUUUUUAAACUAAAAAUAUUGAUUCCGUAAAAUGGCUCUUUCCACUGAUACGGCUUCGUGAGAUGACCUUAGAUUACCUUCGACGUGUUUAUCAAGUUUCAUGAACAUGAGUUGCAAUUUGCUCCUGGUUGCUCUACGGCAAAUUGACUUUUACUAAUGAUAGCCAAUGAAGAAGAUUUUGUGUUCCAAGUCUGAUUUAUCAAAAAGUCAGCGCGCGAGUGCCUAGGUCUGGUUCCACUUCUCUAGGUAAAAGGGGACGCUAGUUUCUCUCUCGUACUAGAAGUUAAAAUUUUUCGAAAACUGCCUGCUUAUUUCAACUUUCAGAACGAAACAAGAAAGAAUUAGGCUACCAUCAGCCUAUCAAGAACGCUGUCAGUAGGUAGAGUAAGAACUCUAUUUUCCCCUUUGCAUAAAAGAUACUUUUUUUUAUCUUUUGGCCUUCAUCUCGCAUACUUAUAAUAUCGGCUCAUGUUAAAUAUACCAUUGACUGUUUUAUCAACACCCAGGCCAACAUCUAUCUGGAUAAAAGAGGCUUCUUAAUCAAAAUUAUUUCUUUGUAUUGUAUCACUACUCCAUGCUCGAGGUUUUUGAGCGCUCUCCUUAAGAGGGUUUUGUACGUUUUGUAAGUAAUGUGGAAUAAAGAAGGAAAAAAAAGAAAAGAUUUACUGCUUUAAAAUUCAAGAAUAAUCUCGCGGACUGACGCUCUGGCAAAAAACUUAAUCAUGGAACGGAGAAUGGAAAUGAUGCGAAAUGAGGAGUGAGUAAUGGAAAAUGGGAAAUUAUGUGUAUUUGAUCGCCAUUUCGAUGUUGAAAUCGGUUCACAAAACCGAGCUUUUGGCUGUAAGCUUUUAUCUGUUCAUUUGCUCUAAAAUUUUCACACGCUGAGUUCGAACUUUGAGCGUAGCACGACAAGUGACCUGUGUACACAUUUUCCUCAGUUGCAACCGACAUUUAUUAAGUUUAUGCCAAAUCUAUUUCAUAUCAGUUAUAAUUAAACGCUAUGGGUCUCAUUCCCUUUUGCUAAGAACAAUCGUGAA